AUUAUCACCACCAUGAUGGACGAGGACAUCAACGAGGACCGCGCCAAGCUGAAGCAGGGCGUGGUCAAGGUGCUGCAGUGCGUGGCCACCAUCUCCUCGGCCGCCGCCGUGGUCAACCCCAUCUUCGGCGUGGCGGGCUCCCUGAUCCGGGUGGUCCUGCACCACAUCGACGACGAGGACAUCCGCACCCUGAAGCGCGAGUUCGGCUCGGUGCACCGGGGCCUGGACGAGCUGUCGCUGCAGAACCGCCUGGCGCUGGUGCAGAUCGAGAAGGAGACGGUGGACGGGCAGUACUGCCACGUGGAGGAGAACCUCAAGCACCAGUUCAAGAAGUUCAUGGAGAUGGUGGAGGCGCGGCCGGAGCACCGCGAGCGCAAGAAGGACGACUUCGAGGAGAGCUACUCCAAUGACUUGGGCGACCAGAACCUGCACACGCUGUACGACGGCGUGGUGGGCAAACGGAAGCUCUUCAGUCGGCCCAUCCUGGAGGUCUACCUGAAGUACUCGCAGGGGGACCGGCGGGUCAUGGAGCGCCUCUGCACGCGCCUCACCUACCUGUUCUGCAUCGGCCUCAUCGCCCUCAUGGGCUACGCCGCCGUCAUCGGAGACGACGAAGAGAGCCUGAGCGAGGAGUGGGCCGAGAAGAUGGAGCACGUCCAGGAGCACAUGCAGGAAGCUCUGCGCCGGUGCAAGUGAAGGGGACAAGUCUUCAAACAUCAGUCCUGCUUUAAUCUCUUCUCUCCUCCCUGAAAACUCCCCCUGAGGCUCAUUCCACCGCCUGAACGUGAAAACACCAAGUUAGGCUCAAAGCGUACAAGUUAGGAGCUUUAAGGUGGAUGAAAUUAGUUCUUUAAACACAUUUCUGUUCAGCUUAUAUAAUAUAUAAUAUAAGGCCAGUUCAGAAAAAAAUAAAAAGGUCAAAUAUAAAUUAAAAAAACUGAAUAGAAUUCUACCUGCAUUCAGAUUGGGUGUAGAAAUGUUUUGAAAAUGGCAGUUUUGUGGAAAAUUGGUCGUUCCUUUAAGCGUCUCAUUCUCCACAAACUGCUGAAUAAAAAUCUGAACAUUGAAGAAAUUUGAUCCCAAAUUACUUAAACUGUGGGGGGAUUGUUUUCUUUUGCGUUAUCUUGUAAAAAACUUUGAGUUUCAAGCAAUACUUUAGACUUAUCUUGCAAUCUUUUUGCAAUCCCACGCAAAAAUUUGUUUUGAAUCAGACUUUUAUUUUGAAAUAUCCGGUUACUGAAACAGGAUGGCGGUGACAUUGCGUGGCUGCAUAGAGUGUAAAAUAUCUGCACGUUACACCCCUCCGUAACAGAAUGUUCAUUUGUUAAUAAACCUGCAGCUCAGCAGUAAUAAACAGCUUUAACGAGGGAAUGCAGAAGAAUAAAUCCCCCUCAUGUCCCCCCGCGGGCUCCAUUCCAAAUAUCCAACGUACAAAACAAACUUUUUCCUCUUUAUCACUACAGUCAGAUCUGCCUUAUGCACUUUCCUGAAUCUUCAUUUUAUAUUAAAUCUAAAUACAUAUAUUACACUACAAUAAUCCAAGCUGAAUGUAACCAAACUAAUCAUGUUGUAUUUAUCAGUCAUUAUGUUCACUAAUAAUCUAAACUCUGCUGAGCUCACUGCUUUAUUUGACUCCUAAAGUUUCUUUGCUUUAAAUAAAAAGACACUAACAGAGGAGAUAACUUCCCUCUCUAAACAGGAAGCUGCAGCUGGGAUUUUAAAUGUUAAAGGUGUAAUAAUUGGUUUUAUUUUGUUAUAAUUUACACUACAUUUAAUUAAAUUCUGAUCCAGGUUCUGGGACCUGAGGAGAGUCGUGGAGAUUAGUUGAGUUUUUGUGCCUCUGAAUUAAACCUGGAAGUCUUUCAGUCUCAAGUUUUCUGUUUGCUGCAGUAAAAUAAAUAAAUAAAUAAAUAAAAAUAUUUCAUGAGGUUUGAAUAAUUUUAGUUUGAUCCUCAUCAGUGCCUCGUUGUACCAGAAGUUCAACACUAACUAAUAAUUUCUGCUUUUAUGGGUUUAUUUUUAUAUAUUUUGGGGAAGGAGAAGUUUGAAUCAUUUAAUGUAGUUUUUCUGCACCACACUUCAGAUGUUGGAUCACAUCAAUGUUAAUCAGAUUAAAUCAGAUUAAUCUUCUUGGCUUUCCUGUAUCAGAUUGAUGUUUUUACGUUCUGCAGGUCCAACCCUCUGGUUUUUGUUUCUGACCUGUCGGGUCUUAUUUUUGUUACAAGAAGUUUUUUUAUGGAGGAAAAUCUCCUGGAGCUUUUCUGAAAUGUCUUGUGAAUAUUAUUUUUUAAAAGCCUGAGUAUAUAUGCAUCAGUAUAAAUAAAUAC